AUGCGACGUCAUGGAUAUACGGUGGAUCGAUACGUAACACAUGCUUCUGUUUGCACCCGUUCCGGUCUAGCAGCCAAGAAUUUCAUCGAUGUCGGUGCAGGUGUAGUGGACAGCGACUACCGUGGUGAACUGAAAGUUUUGCUGUUCAAUUUUGGACCAUCGGACUUUGAGUUUAUCUGCGAACGUAUUGCGCACUGCAAAUACGAGGAAUGUACCACAUUAACUGACACCGUUCGUGGAGAAGGUGGAUUCGGAUCGACUGGGAAGUGA